UUAUUAACCUAAUUUCCUCUUCUCUAUAUAUCCAUCUAUCAAAAUUUCUCUUUUCCCUUCCAAUUUUCCAAUUUGGCGCCUUUCUGAUUCAGCUUCAGGUGCUUUCGUGAAGCGACGAAGAUUCUUCUCUCGCUUGCUCACUUCACUCGCCGAUUCGAAUCGAUUUGGAAUUGAAAAUUGAAGAUGCGACGCUCUGCAUCUAAGAAAACGGGUCAAUCCAAUUCAAUCAAUUCCUCUGCUGCUGAUCUAUUCCGUUCAGCCUCGAGUAAAGCGAGCUCAAAGGAAUUGGAAAGAAUUGAUAGUCUAUUUUAUACAUAUGCCAAUGGAUCUGGGGUGAUUGACCCAGAAGGAAUUGAAACCCUCUGUGCUGAUAUGGAGGUGGAUCAUACUGAUGUGAGGAUCUUGAUGCUGGCAUGGAAAAUGAAAGCUGACGAGCAAGGAUAUUUUACUUUGGAUGAGUGGAGGAGAGGCUUAAAAGCACUAAGGGCUGAUACAGUAAGUAAAUUGAAGAAAGCACUUCCAGACUUGGAAAAAGAGGUUAGGAGGCCGUCAAAUUUUGCAGAUUUCUAUUCUUAUGCUUUCCAAUAUUGUUUAACAGAGGAGAAACAGAAAAGCAUUGAUAUAGAGAGCAUCUGUCAAUUACUUACACUUGUUUUGAGUUCAACAUUUCCAACCCAAGUCAACUUAUUUGUGGAAUAUUUGAAGACUCAAGAUGAUUACAAGGUCAUAAACAUGGAUCAAUGGAUGGGAUUUUUCCGGUUUUGCAAUGAGAUAAGUUUCCCAGCGCUCGAUAACUACGAUCCAGAACUUGCAUGGCCAUUGAUCCUCGACAAUUUCGUUGAGUGGCUGCGAGAAAACCAAAAGUGAUCUUAGAUUUUCAGCCACCUGAUUCUCUGUGAAGCAGAAUCAUUGCAGCACUUGUUCAAGUAAAAGCAGAACUUUUGGAAAACUACCAAAUCAGAUAGAGAUGCUUUGUGGUUGUGGCUUGUUUUUAUCCUUAACAAGCUCUUGUUCUUUCUGAUGAUGGCCCAAGUUUCUAAAAAGGGCAUAUAUAUUAAACAUGAACCAUUAUUGCAUUAUCCUUUACAUUUUUGCUAUUUUGUGAUAUAUAGAUGCAGUUGAGGGUUAGAUACAAGCUUGCACUUUGUGAUUAUUCCCACAAUCCAACAUCAUCACCAUCGUCUCUUCCUAUUCAUAUAAUUCACAUUAAUAGCUUUUGUUAAAUUGAAUUGAGUUGAGUGAGACUGGUAUUUA